AUGGGAGAAGAUUGUUUGUGCAAAAGAAAAUAUUUUGAGGUAGAAUCAGCAAACGAAAGGAAAUGUAUUUUUCAGAAGUUUUGGGAGAUAAAUAAUUUUAAUACCCAAAAUGCGUAUUUAUUUGGAUGCAUACAUAUUAAGACAAAGUCCCGAGGUACCAAACCAAAGGAGUCGCCUUCCCGAAGGAGUCACUCUGUCGAUUAUUUAAUAACAACUACAGGCAACAUCAGUUAUCAACUUUCUUGUAAGAAAGCAUUUCUAAAUAUUUAUGGACUACAACAUAAUAGGGGUAGAAUCGAAAAUAUUGGUAAAAACAUCAAACAAGGUUUACUAAUGCCGAAAAUGGAUGGAAGAGGACGUCAUGCAAAUCACAAAGAAAAAUUGUCUAAUGAGAGCAUCCUAUUUCUUAAAGAAUUUAUUAAAAGACUCCCAAAAUAUGAAAGUCACUAUUACCGAAAUGACAACUAUAACACGUAUUUUAUGACAAUUGACUAUACAAUAGAGAAGUGCUAUGAAGUUUACAAAAUUGAAUGUUUAUCGCAAAAUCAAGAAUGUGUAUCUGUUGAUAAGUUUCGAAGAGUAUUUACUGACGAUUUUAAUAUUAAAUUCAAAUCACCUAAAUCCGAUAGGUGCCAUAUAUGUGAUUCAAUCUAUGUUAGUAUGAAAGAGGCUACAAUACAAAGCAAUGACAAACAAAUUCAAGCGUUAAAAUUGAAGCAAGAACUGCAUCACAGGAAGGCUAAAGCUGGACAAGACGCGAUAAAAAAUGCAACAAAAAAAAACACAAGAGAGCAAUGA